AUGGCAUCAAAGCCUGCUCCAUCGGAAGAUAAUUUAGAGAUGAAAGCCAUAAAAGCUAUGGGAGCUAUGGAGGAUGGAGAUGCAAUGUUUGGAUCUGGAGCUGAAGUGAGCCUUGAUUCCCAGGUUUAUUGGUGGCAUGACAAGUACAGACCAAGGAAGCCAAAGUAUUUCAACCGUGUUCAUGCGGGAUACGAAUGGAACAAAUAUAACCAGACUCACUAUGAUCAUGACAACCCACCUCCAAGGAUUGUGCAAGGUUACAAAUUUAAUAUAUUCUAUCCUGAUCUUGUAGACAAGAUAAAAGCCCCAAACUACACUAUUGAGAAGGAUGGCAGCAAUGGAGAGACUUGCAUUAUACGAUUCCAUGCAGGGCCACCAUAUGAAGAUAUAGCUUUCCGCAUUGUAAACAAAGAGUGGGAAUAUUCUCACAAGAAAGGGUUUAAGUGCCGAUUUGAACGUGGAAUUUUGCAUGUGUACUUCAAUUUCAAACGUCACCGCUACCGUAGAUAG